UGUUUUAUAAUUACAGAGACUAUGUGACAGAACCUUCAAUAAGAUUUACCUCCAAAGGGUCAUCAGUGGACCGUAUCCCAUGGCAACAUCGGGGAGGAGUGGGGAGGGACCACAAUACACUGAUGGAGCUUCAGUUGACCAAGGUGCGAUUCCAGCACGAGACCUACCCCAGUCACACAGAGCAGGCCUCACGACAGGUGCUUGUUAUCAGUGAUGUAGAGAUCAGGGACAGACUGGCCGACUCCAAAAUCAAUAAGUUCCUGUAUCAGUAUUCCUCAGAACACAUGCCAAAACAAACCAAUUCUAAUAUGGUGUAUGUUAAAGCAGUACACAAGAGACCAGAUCCCAGUGUGAAGACAGAGGAGUGUUCAUUACGGGUGUCUCUACAGCCACUCAGGCUCAACAUUGAUCAGGACUCGCUGUUCUUCCUAAAGAAAUUCUUCACAGAAAUUACAGGGGGUAAUCUGGACAAUCCAAGUGACCCUGACCCCAAACCAAGGUCAAGGCCAGUGUCUGGGGGCAGUGUUGGUGCCCCAGCUCCUGUGAUAACUGUUGGUCAGCCUGACAUUCCUGGGGAGGUGGGGAAUAAUCAGGAAUUACUGAUGAAAUUUGACGAGAUGCAGCAGAGCAUGGCCAGUCAGGCUUCCAUGUCCUCCGGUACUUCUGGGGCCAGUAGUGACCAGGAUGGUACAGAGCAAUCUCAGCCAGUAUUUAUCAAAAAUUUUAUUUUUUCUCCUGAUGUGCCAAUUCGCCUUGACUACCAUGGAAAGAAGUGGGUAGAUAGGGAACAUGGAACCUUAGCAGGUGUACUGGUGGGAUUAGCUAAUUUGAACUGUUCUGAGUUAAAACUAAAGAGACUGAAUUAUAAGCAUGGCCUCCUGGGCCUAGACAAGCUGCAGGCUUACUGUGUUAAUGAGUGGAUUACAGACAUCUUAAAAUCUCAGCUUCCAAGCAUUCUGGGAGGAGUAGGACCAAUGCAUUCUUUUGUACAAUUAGGUCAAGGCAUCAGGGAUCUUUUUUGGCUGCCUGUAGAGCAGUACAAGAAAGAUGGCAGAAUAGUCCGGGGGUUCCAGAGAGGGGCAACCUCUUUCUCCACCUCUACUGCCAUGGCUAUGUUAGAACUGACCAAUCGAGUGGUCCAGUCCGUGCAGUAUGUUGCUGAGGUGACCUAUGACAUGGUGACCCCUGGCCCUGGGUGUCGAGUUCAGCGUCGUCGGUUACGAGGUCCACCUGCUGAUAUGAGAGAAGGGGUUGAAAAUGCUUACAUUGCUAUCACAGAGGGAUUCAGCAACACAGCAUACAACAUUGUGGAGGUGGCAACAAAGGAGCAUCAACAAAAAGGUAUGACAGGAGCAGUGGGGGCAGCCAUUAGACUGGUUCCUCCCACAGUUCUCUCACCUGUCAUCAUAGCAACAGAGGCCACGUCCAAUGUCCUUGGAGGCAUGCGGAAUCAGCUGCAACCAGAUGCUCGUAAAGAGGACGAAGAAAAGUGGAAAGAGAACCAGACUUGAGGACUAGAUAAGACUGCAAAGUAGUAAUCAGGAAAAGUGACUGGGCCACAAAGAAAAACAACACGAAUGACUGUAUUCAUCUGUUCCUAUGUGCAAUAUUAACAGUUUUCCUUUGCAUUUUACCUUUGUGACUCUGUUGAAUUAAACUUAUACAUGUAAUACAUGUGUACUUAGAGGUGGGUAUAGAUUUACUUGUGCAGUACUGGUAAAUGGCUUCCAUCCUUGUUGUAUUCAAUCAAUAUAUAAAGCUUUUUUGCUUGGAAUAAAUAAGCAUAAUUGUGUUUUUAUAAAUCUAGUACACUUGGUGGUAAUAUAAUAUUUAUGCAGUGCAGAAUAAUAGGAUCUCGUAUUUAAAUGUACAUGUGUGUAUGAUACAAGUGAAAAUUAAUCUUUACUGAGUCAUUGAGUUCAAUUUAUAUAAAAUGAAUGCAUUUAUAUUUUGACAGUUUUUAUUGUUAAAAAAGAAUGAAUCAUUCUAAAUCUAUGUGUUGACAUUAUCAGUGAGAUAUAGCAUAUGAUACACUGUACUUUUCAUAAGUUUGAUUUUUCUACAGUACUGUACUUUAUAG